UUGCGGGGGUCUCGAGUCCCCAACAGCUUCCGUCCCCGGGCCCGCGGUCUCCGGGCCGCGCGUGCGCACAGCGCCGUCCGGCCUGCGGGCGGUGGGCUGGGAGGGAGGGCGGGCGGGGCGGUGGGGGGGCAUGGGGAGCCCGGGAGGGCGGGGUGCAGCGGGGACCAGGGCCGGGGGUCGCGUCCGCCGCGGCGGGUCUUCCGUUUGGGCUUCCGCUCCGGGCCGUCAUGAAGCAGCGGCGGGCUAGGUCGCAGCGGGCGGCUCGGGGGCGCCACCAGGCCGGCGGGCAGUGUGUCCGGGGCCAGGUCCGCGUCCCCGGGCGGAUGACGCUGGAGCCCGCGUCCCGAGGGCCGCCGAAGCAGCUGCGGGAGAAGCUGUGGACGCCCUGGCACGGGCUCAUCGUGAUCGGGAAGAGGAUAGAGCUCCUGGGAAGGAACACGCCCAGGGCGCGGAUGUGGGACAGCGCCUUCGAUGCGGAGUACUGGAGGCUGGAGAAGGAGAAGUCGGGCCCGAGCGCCGAGAAGCUGGAGCUGAAGCUCCUGCACCGCCUGGCCAGCGCACUGCCGCCCUCGGCCGACCUGGACAGCGACAGCCCCGAGCGGCCGGAGCCCGAAGCCCAGAGUGCAGCGCCCCGCGCGGGCUCCAGGAAGAGCUUGGGAGACAGGCCGAGGGUCUCCGUGGACUCCGGGCAGGAGCUCGGCGGCGAGGACUUGAGGACCGCGGGGUAUACACAGGGGCAGGACGAGCACGAUCACGAGCGGAGGCCCAGUGGGGAGGAACGGAGGCUGAGUGGGAACGAGGGGGCGUGGGUGAGUGCAGAGCGGCCGGGUGGGGACGACGGGACGGAGGUGACUGCAGAGCGGCCGGGCGGGGACAGGGGGGUGAGGAAGAGUGCAGAGCGGCCGGGCGGGGACAGGGGGGUGGGGAAGAGUGCAGAGCGGCUGGGUGGGGACAGGGGGAUGAGGAAGAGUGCAGAGCGGCUGGGUGGGGACAGGGGGGUGGGGAAGAGUGCAGAGCGGCCGGGUGGGGACAAGGGGACGGGGAUGACUGCAGAGCGGCAGGGUGCAGACAAGGGGAUGAGGAAGAGCUCAGAGCGGCUGGGUGCAGACAGGGGGAUGAGGAAGAGCUCAGAGCGGCUGGGUGCAGACAGGGGGGUGAGGAAGAGCUCAGAGCGGCUGGGUGCAGACAGGGGGGUGAGGAAGAGCUCAGAGCGGCUGGGUGCAGACAGGGGGGUGAGGAAGAGCUCAGAGCGGCUGGGUGCGGACAGGGGGGUGAGGAAGAGCUCAGAGCGGCUGGGUGCGGACAGGGGGGUGAGGAAGAGCUCAGAGCGGCUGGGUGGGGACAAGGGGAAGACGAGCAGGGAGUCGCUGAACACGGGCAGGGUGAAGUCGAGGACCAGCGCAGAGCUGCGGGGCUCCAGUGGCGAGAAGCUGCGGAUGAACGUGGAGCGGCAGGGGUCGAGCGCAGAGGGGCUCAAGGCCGAGCGGCAGGGGUCCAGGCAGCGGAAGGUCUCCAGGUUGGGGAGCAUCGAUGAAAGGGAGUCCGUACGCGUCGUGAUCACCAACCCUAACGUGGAAAUGGCGCAAGAGGACUUGGAAGAGGUCGAGGAAGCUCUAGAUGGGAUCUCAGAAGGGGCCGGAGAAGAGGGGCCGGAAGUUGAAAAGGAGGAGGCGGAAGUUGGGGAGCAGCAGGUGGAAGUGGAGGAGCAGCUGGCGGAAGUGGAGGAGCAGCUGGCGGAAGUGGGAGAGCAGCAGGCGGAAGUGGAGGAGCAGCUGGCGGAAGUGGAGGAGCAGCUGGCGGAAGUGGGGGAGGAAGGGGCGUAUGCUGGGGAGGACAGGGCCAGUGUUGUGAGGGGGCUGGGAGAUGAGGAAAAAGAAGAGGUCUUUGAAAAAGAAGAGGAGGGAGAGAAGGAGGCUGAGCAGGGACUGGGAGCUGAGGAGGUCAUAAGCGAUGUGGAAGACAUGGCUGACGAAGCUGUUCCUACGGAAGAGAGAGGUUAUGGCGAAGGUGCUGCUGAUUGAGGCUCAGGGAGACUGAAGCUAAGGAAGGAAAGGGAAGCAGGGGACAUGGUGCAAAACAAACAAAAGCGAGAGCCCAUCAGAGCAUCGUGGGCCCUAAACCGGUUAAUAGGAGAGCCUCGGAGGGAGGAGGGAAGUCCCAUCGUGUUGAUUUGAUGGAGGAGAGCUGGGAUGGAGGGGCUUGUGGGGAAAUGUUUGAGAAAUGAGUCUGGGAUGGACAGGAGGGCUGCGGUGGGGUAUAUUAUUGAACACACUGGAGAAGGCCUAGUGAGGAAGCUGGGAAGUCACAGCAGGAUAAAGGAGAGAUCAUAAGGGCUGUGAAAGAGGAUGCAGCCUGAGGAGAGCAAAGAUGACUUAUGCAAGAUGACCCUGAAGAAGAGAGAGAGGCUCCCAAGUGACAAAAGCAAGCGAAGAGACAAGAAAAUUAAAAAAAAAAAAAGAGAGAAAAAGAAAAGAAAAAAAGAAAGGAGAGUUACACAGGAUAAGAGAAGAGACACAGAAAUGCUGCUCUGACAGUCAUGGAGUUGGCGUGGGCGCUGUCCGUGGUGCUGCUGUGGUGUGGUGCUGGGGACCAGACCCAGGUCUCAGGGCUCUGCCUUCUGUGUUCAUCCACUGGAUUCUCCAAGUGCCAAGAAAUCGUCACAGGAGGUUUGCGCAGGCAUGAGGUCCAGACCCAGCAGCGUCUGGCAUGUGCGCCUCUCAGCAUGUCUGGCAUGGCGUAUGAGUUAUGAGCCAGACAGUCUGCCUUUGUCUGUGGCUGUAUCCCCUUUUCUCCUGGGACAGCUGAUUAAACCCACUGAGGCUACAAAGAAACAGCGACUCGCAGAGCCCUGACAGACGGCGGCCACCUUGUACUGCAGGUGGGACCUGGGCCUCCCCACUUCUGCCUGGCAGUAUCACAGUUUCAGGGAGCUGGCGCCGCUGCCACCACACCCACAGAGAAGGCGGCUCAGAGGCUGGGGACAGAACUGCACUGGCGUGGGCCUGCAAGAUGCAGCUAGUUCUCUGCCUGUUAGCAGACCCCCGGAGCAGCCCCGCCCACAGCCCCCUUCAAGCCAGACAGCCCCAGGCCAGUGUGUGGGUUCAUCCCUGAGAGCCCGGCCUGCCUCCCAGCCCACGGUCAAUAUUGACACAACAACAGCGCAAGGCCAGAGCCAGGGAGCUGAGCAAGGGGCCUAGGUGCCAUCUCCCUCCGAUAGCUGCCCCAGUGGGUGCCCAGUUCCAGGCUGUUCCCUCGGCCCCUGUGACCCCAGGGAGUCCCAGGGAGGGUGGCCCGGGCUGUGGCCUCUAGACUGUCCCAGCUGUGUGUGUGUCCCUUUCUCUUCUGCUCUCAGAGUCUCAGAGGCCCCGGCAGGAAGGCCAGAGCUUGGCCCCAGCCCUCCCGGGGGCCUGUCAACGCUUAGCUGCUCACUCCGUGCAGCCUGCAGGAGGUGGGGUGACCGAAACGUGCCCAGCCGGCUCCCGGGGUCACGGUUGACUGGUGAUGGAAUGGCCCAGCCAGGGGACAGGCCACCUCAAACACAGCCCCCCUCCGUCCCCACCCCCCAGCCGUGGCAGGCAUCCGAGCGUGGCUCAGAACAUUCCCUUUUUCCUGUCCAAGAGGGGUGGGGGGACCCCACGAUCAGAGUGCGGCCCUGACCUCCAGCCUCACCCCCACAGGACCCCGGGAGGCCGCUGUGUCGCCUUGGGAUGCAGCACCUGGCACGACCCAGACAGUGGCAAGUGCAGACCGCCCCCAGCCCCCUACUGCCGGGCGGGUGUCUCCCCACCACACGCGGGCCCCAGGACCAGGGCUGAGGGGGACGCCAGGAAGUCACUGAUGUGGACCGGCGGAAUGUCUUUGUCCUUUGUAAAAGUCAACACGCGAUCUGUUACCGAUUGGGAUGU